AUGAAUAUUCUCUUUUAAGCAUUAAUAGCAAAAGUCAAGUUGAUUUUGCUAUUAAACAAAAUGAGAAUAUUCUUUGGAUAAUAGAGACCAAGACAAUAAAUAUAGAAUAUGAACUUGCCCAAAAUUUUAUUCAAACACAAAGUACAUGCCAA